CAUGGUUGUUACGCAGCUGUGAAAAAUAAGGACAACUUUCAAACUCAACUCAGAUCCAACGAAAGAAGAGACCCCACAAGCAUCAAGGUAAGGUUUUUAUGUGUGGAUACUCAGCCAACCUGAGUUGUAUCUGACAGCUGUCAAUCUUCCAUCUAUUACAGUCCAGGUUUGCAAGCACAAGUGCAAAAUAGCAGCUGAUCAGUCCUUUACCUGACACGUGUCAAUCUUUCCAACAUCAACAUAAGAACAGGGAGAACAUGACGGGUAAGAAGCCAGCAGCUGUGCUGAUGUUCCUCCUGGUCAUCCUUAAGGUGGUGGGAACAGCAGAAGCUGACUGCAGCUGCACAGCUUCAUCCUGUGACUGCAGGUGGCAGAGCCUCACCAGUGUUCCUCAGGACCUACCGACAACCAUCACAAGCUUGGGUUUGGAUAUUAAUAGAAUUACAACUAUAAGUCAGUCUGAUUUCUCACGGUAUGGAAGCUUACAAACUUUAGGACUUAGUAACAAUCGCAUUUCUAUCAUCAGUUACCAGGCAUUCUAUCCCUUGUCAAACCUGAUCAGAUUAUAUCUUUAUGCGAACCGCCUAACAAUCCUCAGAUCUGACAUGUUCACAGGGUUGGAGAACUUGAAGGACCUUCAUUUAUACCAUAAUGAUAUCAGUGAUAUUCAGGCUGGAACUUUCCGUCCAACACCACAACUGAAAAACCUGUACCUGUCUAGCAACAAGUUAACAGGCCUCAGAUCUGACAUGUUCACAGGGAACUUGGAACUUUCUUAUCUUCACCUUCACAAUAACCAAAUGACAACUCUUCCCUCUAUGGCAUAUGACUUACUUUCAUCCAUUUCAGAUGUCAACAUUGACAACAACCCCUGGCAGUGUGACUGUAGGAUGGUUGACUUCAGGCAAAAAAUGAACGGGGCACGGCCUUUUGAAAACCAAAUCAAUUGUUCCCAUCCUGACCACCUCAGUGGGCUGAAACUUAUAGACAUCAACCCUGAAAAUCUUUUCACAAACUGUCAAGAACCAACGAUUGUAAGAUUUGAGAAGAGUACAAGUGAAGAUAACCCAUUGGUAGAGGGAGAGACUCUCCGUUUGGUUUGUGAAGCAUCAGGAAUCCCCACACCAGAUAUCACAGUCAUUCUCCCAUCUGGACUGAAUGCUACUGUUGAAUCUGUCGGAAAAGUGACUGUUGAUUUGAACGGUACCAUCACCAUAACCAAUGUUACAGCAGCAGAUGCUGGUCUGUAUGUCUGUGUUGCAACAAGUCCUGUGGGUUCCAAACUUGCCACUCUAUAUAUAGAAUUCUUCUACAAAAAGCCGACCAUCGUGAGUUUUAAGAGGAGUGGCAAUGACCUCUUAGCACAGGGAGAGACCCUUCAUUUAGUCUGUGAAGCAUCAGGAAUACCCACACCAGACAUCACAGUCAUUCUCCCAUCUGGGGUGAACGCUACUGUUGAGUCGGUUGGGAGAGUGACUAUGGAUGUGAAUGGUAACAUUGUCAUAAGAAAAAUUUCUGCAGCAGAUUCUGGUCUUUAUGGCUGCAUUGUAGCAAAUCCAGCUGGUUUUGCAUUCGCCAACCUGUCCAUCAAUGUCAUUUAUGAAGAGCCAACCAUUGUGAGGUUUGAGAGGGGUGACAAAAACAUUUUGGUAGGGGGAGAGUUGCUAUGUGAAGCUUCCGGAAUCCCCACACCAAAGAUCACAGUCAUUCUCCCAUCUGGACAAAAUGCAACUUCUGAUUCGGAUGUGACUCUUUGGGUAAACGGUUCCACAGUUGUAACAGUCACUACAGUAGAUGCUGGUCUGUACAUCUGUACUGCAUCAAAUACUGUUGGCUCCAAAUUUGCAACUUUGUACGUUGAUGUUGAAAGCAAAGUCACAACUGUGGCAACGGCAACUUCAUCUCUGGCUAUCACCGGUACUUCAUACAAACCAGAAACCAACAACUACCAUGCACAUGACCCCAGCUUCUCUUUACCUGUCCUCCUUGCUGCUGUCUGUGGUUCUAUAGCCGGUACUCUCAUCAUCGGUGGCAUUAUUCUUGCGAUCUGGUGCAAGAGGAUCAACCAGAGUGCUCCCAAAGGCCCAGACUUCAGCGUUGUUUUUAACAACACCAACACCACAACUACUGUGAUAACCAAUGGGCAGGAUCUGACAACUCAAGCCCAACCUAUUAGUCUAUCUUCGAAUGUCAGUAACCCACAGCUUGUCCCACGACCAGCCUCCUCCCAGUUCGAGCCUUACGAAGACGUGCAGCCUCCUCCAAGAGGUGCAGUUCAGAUACAAACUGCUAGAGGUCUCCCUUUGGAUGCCAGAAAACCCAAAACCAGAAAACGGCCAGCUUCCUCCCAGUCUCAGGCUUACGAAGACGUGGAACCUCCUCCAACAGGUGCAGUUUCGAGCCAAACCGAUAGAGGGCAGGCCCUUCGAUCACCCAACAGGACCGACAAUGAACCUCCCCCCGUCCCCCCUCCCCGCACAGCCAGUGCUACUGGGUAUGGGAAUAUCCCUGAGCACGCCUACCAACCUCUGGCUGUGACUAGGAAUCAGCCCGACAAUGGCCAGGAUGCUUCACAUCACUACCAGUCACUCAUAAGGACCUAA